AUGGUAUACCUCAGCGCAUUCAAAUUCACCGAGCUUGUCGGCAUUUCAAUUCCUAUCAUUGCUUGUACAUGGAUGUUCUACUCCGUUCUCCACCGCAUUCAUGCCGCCUUAUUUGGCCCGUUAAGCACAAUUCCGGGACCCCUGCUGCGCUCUUUGACCGGAAUCCCCGAGGUCAUCGAUACACUUCAGGGGCGCACGGCUCCGCAUGACCUGCCAAAGCUACACGCCAAAUAUGGCCCAGUUGUGAGGACGGCACCUACAAAGCUUUCCUAUCUUGGCACAAAGCAGGCAUGGCAAGAAAUAUACGGGUUCAAGACGAACAUUGACAAGGAUCCGAACCAUUACCGCAAGGCGUACAAUGGAAAAUAUAGCAUUGUUGGGGCGCCAAAGGACAUUCACGCCCACCACCGGAAGGCUCUUUCUCAUUCAUUUUCAGAAACGACACUCCGACAACUUGAGCCUUUGAUUGCCAGAUGGGUAGCUAGACUGGUCGACAGGUUAUACGUGGAAGUCGCGGACGGACGGCCAAUCGACAUGCUGAAAUGGUACAACUGCACUACGUUCGACAUAACGGGUGACAUGAUCUUCAGCGAAGACCUGAACAUGCUCGGUAGUGGAGAGUAUUCGACCUGGGUACAAACUAUCUUUGACAGCUUCAAGUCGAAGUCACAUAUUGUUGCAUUGACGAGCCUUGGAGGCCCUAUCAAGUGGGUCGUCAACAGAGUCUUGACUUUGCUUCCGUCGGUUCAAAAAAGCGCAGCCGAACACUGGAGAUAUACCAAAGAGCGAGUCGAUCGAAGAUUCUCAACGACUCCUGAAAGACCAGACCUCUGGACGGAGCUUCUACGGAGGGGAGACAAAGCAGGCUUGGAGAUGGAAGACUACUAUGCCAAUGCCGCUAUACUAUUGAUUGGCGGCAGCGAAACAACUGCGUCAGCUCUAAGCGGAACAACUUACAGCCUUGUCAAGAACCCAGAGUGUCUGCAGAAGCUGGUCGAAGAAGUGCGAUCCAAGUUCCGCGGGACUGAAGAUCUCACCAUUGAAGCUCUCUUGGAACUUCCAUACUUGAAAGCGGUCUUGCAGGAGGGUAUGCGCAUGUACCCCCCAGCUGCUGUUACUCUCGAACGAGUUGUCCUUGCUGGAGGUGCUACUAUAUAUGGUCAGCAUAUACCAGAAGGGACCUCAGUCGGCAUCGCCAACUUCGCUACAAUGCAUUCGCCAGAAUUUUUUCACAAGCCGGACGAGUUUCAUCCGGAACGCUGGCUGAACCAUGAGGAUUUUAAGAAUGAUCAUCUUGAGGUCGCAGAAUUCUUUCUCACGGGCCCGAGGAAGUGCUUAGGUGUGAACUUGGCAUGGCAUGAGCUACGAUUCAUAUUGGCUAGCAUGGUCUUGAAUUUUGAUAUCAAGCUAUGUAGUGAAAGCGAAGGCUGGCUUAACCAGAGUCUGUUUAUAUUCUGGGAGAAAACUCCACUAUACUGUCGGCUAGAGCCUGUAAAAUACACUUGA